UCUCCCUCUUUCUGACUGUCCGUCUCAUCCUGCCUCUCUCUCUCACACACACACACACACACACACACACACACACACACAGACAAACACGUGCUGCAGGAAAGCUCUGAAUGUUGGGUCGCUGAGCAUUCACCUCCUACCCCCCCUCAACCCCUCCCCUCCUUUCUUCUGUUCUCUCUCUCUCUCUUUCACUCUCUCUCACUCCCUCUCCCCGUUCACCUUGUCCUUUCCGGCUCUAUGGUUUAUUGUUGCAUCAGAGCCAGCAAGAAACAUGCCGGGGGAGAGCACUCGCAGAUCUGUCCCUGCUGACAAGCAUCCAGAGCAGGGAGCUGAGGAGACAGGGCUCCCUGGACCAGACAUGACCAGACAUCCGUCUACUGACUCCACCCCUUCUGACAGUGGCUCUUCUCCUAGUGAUAGUGGUUCCAGUCCUUCUCCCAGCACUCCUCAGAAGCUACUCCCAGCAUGCACCUCUCCAUUUGGUCCACGACUAUUUCAUGCAACACCAAGCUCCUCUGGGUCUACGAGACCCCAGCCCGAAGGCUCUGACCAUCGCAACACCACCACGCCCAGAUUGUCUGGAAAAUUAGGUGGUCAUGGACCAUGUGGACGCCAUGUCCCUGUUAAGAUGGAGAGAAUCAAGGUCCUGACUGGUUCUGAGGUGGAGAGUGAUUAUCAAGAGCCACAAAUCAUGGACACAAGGGUGGUGAUGGGUCAAGAGACACUGCUCAAAGCAACAGAGACUCCGAAAGGGAAACCCCUGCUUAAGCAGGUUGGUCAGACGAUCCCUUUGUCAGCUGUCCCAAGCUGUUCAGCUCCUCAGGCACAAGCAAAAGAGACCCAGCUGGAAACCAGUAGAGACGAAAGCCAAGCCCCUCAGAAACGGCAAGAUCAGCAAAAAGACCCUGUGCAUCCCCCAACCAAACAACUCUCCCCUUUUCACAAGCCUUUGGUACCUUCCUCGUCCCCGUCAGAGCCUGUCACAACCAAUGUCAGUUUGAUGGACAACCAGGAAGAGGUUUUAACCUUCUCGGAAAAUGAAGUGCCUUCCCUCUCUAUCUCUGAGCUGGUCUGUCCAGUUGCUUUGUCCUUUUCGGAACCAGCCUAUGCUGUUGACCCUCUUAGAGUGGGCAUGCCCUCAACUCUUGACCCUGACCUGUAUUAUACUGCUCCUUCCACACCAAUCAAGAUGGCUUCCCGCUCUUUGCAUCUUAAACAUCAUUCAUAUCCUGGCUCUCCAGCCAGCCCACUCUCCCCUGGUUCUCCAUCAGACAGCGAGGACCUCUGUUCCCCCCUCACUUCUCCCUCCGGCUCAUAUAUCACAGCAGAGGGAGGCAGCUGGACCUCCUCUUACACAUCUUCCACUUCUCCCUCCACUUCUCCCAAUCUGCUUCUCACAGAAGAAGCUCAGGAGGCCCCUGCUUGCUUUGUAAGCUCCUUAUCAGAAAUAGGAGAUGUAGUCGGGGAGGAGAAGGUACAAUUGGGAGCAGAGCGUGAGGAGGAAAGGGUGGGGGACAUCAGCCUGUAUCGCCCUGAGGAUUUUGGCCUAAAUUCUCGGAUAGGCAUAACGGGGACAGUGAUCCUUGAGGAGGAAGAGGCUCUAAAAGGGGAAGAGAUCCAGAUUCCCAGAGAAAGUUGUCGUCCAUGCUGGGUGACUGAGAGUAGGUCCCCUCUAAGGAGCAGUAGCAGCCGUAGCAGUGACUCGCAGGAGGAUGGAGGAGAGUCUGAGAGCUCACUCUGUCCACUGGAGGAGGCUAGUUCAGGGAGAGUAGAGUACUCUAGAACUAUGCAGAAAGGUCUGAAACUGCAACUGGAAGCAUGUCUAUCAGAGGAACAUUAUGGACGGAUGGAUGACCAGUCACACCUACCCUCCACUGCCUUGACUCCUGACAUGACCAUGGCCUCUUCUAGCCUUAGCCCUGACUCACCUCUCUCCCCACUGGAUGCCUUCUGUCACGGAGCAUUUGACCGGCUCGGCCCCAGUUCUUUCAUACUCACCCAGACAACCUGUUCUGAUGAUAUGCCAGAGGAGGAAAGAAUGAUCCCAGCCUCUCUCAUCUCCUUUCCCCUCCACACUAGCCUCAUAUUUAAGGCUGAUUCAAUGGAAAUCACCCUCUUCCCCACAGAGGAAGAGAAUGACAUAGGAGAGGUUCACAACAGAGAUGAAGGAAAGGAUUUUGAUGCGUAUGCCGCAGGAGAGGAGGAGGCUGAUGUUGAAGAUGAUGACGAAGACGAUGAUGAAGAGGAUGAUGAUUAUGAUUAUGAGGAUGAUGGCAAUGCUAAUGGUGCUGUUGACGGUAAUGAAAACAUUGCCGAUGAGGACAUUGAUAAGGACGGCGAAGAGGCUAAAGUGGAGGUCAAAGUGGUGGAGGAGGUCGAAGAAAAGGAGCCGGAAGAUAAUGAUGUGGUGGAGUUUGAAAGCAAAGCAGUGGAGGAUCCUACAGGUGAGGACAGCUCAGCAUCGUUCCUUCACUCACUCUCAGAGACAUCUAUCAAUGAGGGGUUGGACGAGGCAUUCUGCUUUCAAGAUGAUACUGAUGACUCCUUAGAUUCUGCCUCUUAUAAUGGGGAGGAAGACGAACGUCUAUACAGCACUGAGAGACACGCACAAUCACUCGAACCCCCUCCAAUUGAUGAACUCACUGACAUAGAAACACAACCUGAACAGGGGUCCACCACUGGAACAGAUCCAGCGGAACCUUUGCACACACAACUGAGCACAGACAAAUCAGUGGAUCAUCCUGAAACCUCCUGUCUUUCUGAAGACAUUGUUGCCCGAGCCAGGAACAACAAUAUAAAUCCCAAACCUCUAGAGGAACCUAAACCUUGCGAACCUCCUUCCGACACUGAACAAACAACCAUUGGAAUAGGUCAAACAAAGACUUUGCACACCAAAGUGAGCACAGUAAAACCAGAGGAUCAUCAAAAACUCUCUUGUCAACCCGAGUCCUCUAACCCUAACCCUCGUGAUGAGUCAGACAGCCCUCAUGUUACCCCUUCCACCGCUCCUGUCGUCAUUCAUGCUCCUCCUGACCCUGCUGAUGACUUCACCACCUCUCCUCCUUCUGCCCCUUCCACACAGGACACAACAGAUCUUAACAGUUCGGUUCCUAUGGAAGAAUCGGCAGAGAAAAAUCCCCACAUGAAAGAUACUGAUUUGAAACAGAGCAGUGAUUAUUCUGUGGAUGAGUCCUCUGAAGAACCAGAAAGGGACUCUUUCAAAUUGCUCAUCAAGCCUCGUCAACAUCAGCCAGAAAGUCAGAGGACAGUUGGAGUAACAAGACUUGUGUUAUCAAAGUCUUUCUCCAAUAAUGUUGUUGUGGCCAGAGGGGCAGAGGCCAUGUGUAGGCCCAGUGUUCACAGGGAGUCUGACAUUGAGCUUGACAAGAAGAAUGGGAACACCUCAGCAGAGUCCAAGACUGUUGAGAGUAGAAAUACCAAUUCGGGUCCCUCUCUUAACAUGGCCACAGCCACCAAUGACUUAAAUAAAGGUGUUCUUCUUCUGUCCUGCCCCAAGGACCCUAGUCCCAACCCCAGUAAUAUCCCUGUUUCUGUCAUCUCUGAACUUGUUGAUAAUCUGGCCCUGACCCCUGAACACUGUCCUUGUGACUCUGCCCAAGAGAACCUGAGGGAAAACACCCUGAGUACUGACGAGGGGGUGCUCGGAGCCGUUGGAUCUCCACACUCUCCCAUUGCCAUUUCACCCAAAAGGGAAAACUCAGAAACAGACACGAGCAAGGAGAUGGGUCCUGUAUCUGGGGUGUGGUGUGAUAAUAGGAUUGGUUUAGGAUUAGGUCUAGGAUUAAGCUCAGGGGCUGAGUUUGGUAUCUGGGGAGCAGGACAGUCUCUGGAGAAGAGGUACGACUUAGAGGCAGAAAGUCUGCUCAUGUGUGACACAGCGGGCCAAAGCACACAGAUGGCUGUAGUUCCCGACAUGAGCAGUGAAGUAUACACAAAUUAUGACAAUAAUCUGGGUUCUGUUGUGGAUGAGGACGAUAACAACAGUCUGUGUGGAAGGAGGGACCGGAUGGCAGAUGAGGAACUGGUAGAUGAGGUAGCUUCUGUGUCCAACUUGGCCUGUUGGAAGUCAAUUGAGGAGAUCUCAGAAGCAGGAGGGGGAGAGGAUGGAAGCUCCAGAUUCCCAGAGGACGAUGUCAGUAAUCUGAAUACAGACCCUGAUGAAGAUAACGCAGACACAAAAACUCAAGACAUUUGGAUGAAUUCCAAUAGAAACAACGACUCUGCCUUUGACUCCUUGGAAGGAGCCGUGUGUGGAAGUUUGAAUGCUCUAUCAGAGGAGGUGAGACCCCAGAGUGUGUGCGUCAGUGCUAGAGAGUCUGUGUCAAAUAUUCCACUUGAAGAGAUGCCACCUCAGGUUCCUGACACGAUUACUGAUGAGGAGCAAGAAUCAAUCAACCAAACAUCAGACACAAAUCAGGCACCGUCCUCAAAGAAAGUGUCCAGGUCUCACACAGACCCAGCUGCUGCUGUAGGACAUCUUGAUAAGUCAAGACGUCCUACUCGUCCAGAGUGUCAGACAAUCAACCCAGAGAGUAAUCCAGCAUUUUCUCUGCUCCGUGGAUCUUUUGGCUCCUUUACUCCUAAAUGUAAAUCUAAUGAAUCCAGAUCAGGUAGAGCUGGUAAAGACAAGGUGGAAAAUACUGGAUCUCCGCCAGAACCUGAGAUUAUGAAGCCUCAGACUGAUGGCCAAAAUAAAGAUACUGUCACUGACAGACUUGUUGAUGAACCAAAGACCAAAGAUGACUUCAAAGGACAGCAAGGCGUUGUUCGUCACUCAGGGGUAGAUGAUGUGGAAGAAAAGGAGAAAGAGGGAGGUGAAAAGAAAGAAAAGGAGAACAAAGCAGAAAGAAAAAAUUCUCCUGUACAGAAAAAACCAGAGCACUUUUCAUGUCACACCCCUAAGGAGGGACUUUGCACAGAUAAACCAGUCGCUGCUAAGAAAGGUAGGAGAGGGAGGCAGAACAAACACAGAGCAUCACAGAGAGCCGGUCAUGCUGACUCUAGCCCUGAAUCUGUUGAUGACCCAAAGAACGGGGAUCCAUUAAAACCCACAGCCGAUGUACGGUCAAGAGGAACCACAGACAAUUCUAAAACUAAGAAAGAUCAGAAAGCAAACAACAAAUCAUUAUCGUGGAUGUCGGGUGCAGAUAAAGCUGAAUCUAGUUCUCCGAUGAAGAGGGAUAACAGCCCCAGUCCUGAUGUCACAAGUCCUAGCUUUGGAUACUGCAAAUCUGCAACACAUACUCCAGACAAUCUCAAUGUUGUGGUGGCACUGAACCAAGAAGUACUUGACAACAGACCAUUAUCUGAUCGUCCAAGAGGGAUUGCAGUAGAUAUUAAUGACAACAACAUAGAUACUGGCCCCAGCCCACUCAUCCUGGAUACCCCAUCAGGCUGUCUGACCCCAUGUCCCUCCUCAGCAUCUCCAGAUUCCUCCUCCUCCCCUCUACCCGGUGGCUCAACAGAGCCAGAAGAUGAUCUUUCCACACCUGUGCAGGAAUCCCAGCCCGUCUCCUCAGCCCAGCUUCGGUCUUCACUGUCCAUGUGUAACACCCCUGCUGCCCACUGCUCUACCUCCCAACCAACACAACAAGGCCCUAAUUCCAAAUUUCUUCCUAACAACAACCUCCAAGAGGUCGCCAUUGUAAUUCCUUCAUCUGCUACAUCUUCCACAAUUGUCUCCUCACCCUCGUACCCCACUGUAAUGCCGUUAAGCCUUUCCCGGCCGACCCAGGAAUCAUCCUUUCCAGGGGCUCAAGAUUCAGACUCUGUUCGAGACUCUAUUUCCUGUCUCCAGUCUCCAUCCUUUUCGCAUUCUCUCGCUAAUCUCAACACCCAGUCUCACAAACAAACCAAGAAGGGUCGCACAUGGAACACACAAGACAGGUGCAGAGGUCCCAGUUUGGCUGAAGAGGAGACAGACAGUGAGGAGGACGGCGGGCUGCCCCGACGUGGUCACAGAUCCCAGCCCAGAGGAGUCGCCGGAAACAGAAAUGGAUUGCUGCAGAUCGAGUCUGGUCCGUCCAACCAACGGGAAAUGCAACCUUUCUCUGCCCACCAAAUGACCGACAGAGAGUCUGGCUGUCCAAUUAACCACAGCCACAAGCUUUCUAAAGAGCUCGACAUAUCCUUCAAAAACAAUUGUUCCAUCAUGGCUUCAUGUAAUGAGUCUGAGAGUGAGGGGUCGGUGCCUGAGUUAGAGGAGCCAGAGCCACGGAGACCAUUGGAGCACCACUCUCUCUCCUCUGCAGAUGAAGGGCUGAACAGACCGAAGCAGAGCCGCAGUGAGAAGAAGGCUCGCAAGGCCAUGUCUAAACUGGGUCUUAAGCCAGUCCACGGUGUGACCAGAAUCACCAUAAGGAAGUCCAAGAGUAUCCUGUUUGUCAUCAGCAAACCAGAUGUAUUCAAAAGCCCUGCGUCAGACAUUUACAUUGUGUUUGGAGAGGCUAAGAUCGAAGACCUGUCUCAGCAGGCUCACAAAGCAGCUGCUGAGAAGUUCAAGGUGCCUGUGACCUCUUCUCCCUUGGCCCCACCUGUCCCACCCAGCCUCACCAUCAAGGAAGAGAGUGAAGAGGAGGAAGAGGAGGUGGACGAGGGAGGUCUUGAGCAGAGGGACAUCGAGCUGGUGAUGGCUCAGGCCAAUGUGUCACGGGCCAAAGCCGUCCGUGCUCUGAAACACAACAAGAACGACAUUGUGAAUGCUAUCAUGGAGCUGACCAUGUGAGUGGAGAGCACUCUGAAUCCGGCCCCUCUUCUUCUUCCAGCCUAUAAAGCCUAAAUGCCACUGACUCUUCUGUAUCGCUGCUACUGUAUGUUGCAUCCCCCAAAUAUCUGCUGAAUAAAAUCUGUUCCAACGUGGACUGGGACUGCACCAUGAUAUUGAUUUGACUGAAGAGAGAUGAUCUGAACCAUUCAGGUGAUCAG